CAAAGCACCAGCCUACACAAAAUGUCUUUCUCUCAGCUUUCUAUCUUACCAGCUGGGACAGGGAGAUGAAAUAAUUUUGCUCUGGAAAGACUUCACAUCUUGCUGAAUAAGAGUCCCACCAGACCAUCAGUCUCAUGCCCGUCCAGCCCUCCAAUCCCCUGGAAUGGAAUGAGUCUAUGCACUCCCUCCGGAUAAGUGUGGGGGGCCUUCCUGUGCUGGCGUCCAUGACCAAGGCCGCAGACCCCCGCUUCCGGCCCCGCUGGAGGGUGAUCCUGCCAUCCUUCCUGGGCGUCGCUGUCUUCUGGCUACUCUGCUUCCACCGCCCAUCCCCAGGCAGGCCCCCUGCCCACAACACACACAACUGGAGGCUCAGCCAGGCACCUGUUGACCGCUACAAUGACACCUACCCCCUCUCUGCCCCCCAGAGGACGCCAGGUGGGAUUCGGUACCGAAUCGCAGUCAUUGCCGACCUGGACACAGAGUCCAGGGCCCAAGCAGAGAACACCUGGUUCAGUUACCUGAAAAAGGGCUAUCUGACCCUGUCAGACAGUGGGGACAAGGUGGCCGUGGAAUGGGACAAAGACCCCGGGGUCCUGGAAUCCCAUCUGGCAGAAAAGGGGAGAGGCAUGGAGCUCUCGGACCUGAUCGUCUUCAAUGGGAAGCUCUACUCUGUGGACGACCGCACAGGGGUCAUCUACCAGAUCGAAGGCAGCAGGGCUGUCCCCUGGGUGAUUCUGUCUGACGGCGACGGCACUGUGGAGAAAGGCUUCAAGGCCGAGUGGCUGGCGGUGAAGGACGAGCGUCUGUAUGUGGGCGGCCUGGGCAAAGAAUGGACCACCACCACGGGGGACGUGGUGAACGACAACCCACAGUGGGUGAAGGUGGUGGGCCAUAGGGGCAGCGUGGCCCAUGAGAGCUGGGUGUCCAGCUACAACGCUCUGCGGGCCGCCGCCGGGAUCCGACCACCAGGCUACCUCAUCCACGAGUCUGCCUGCUGGAGCGACACCCUGCAGCGCUGGUUCUUCCUGCCCCGCCGGGCCAGCCACGAGCGGUACAGCGAGAAGGACGACGAGCGCAAGGGCACCAACCUCCUGCUGAGCGCCGCCCCGGACUUUGGCGACGUCGCCAUCAGCCGCGUGGGGGCGCUGGUCCCCACACACGGCUUCUCGUCCUUCAAGUUCAUCCCCAACACCGACGACCAGAUCAUAGUGGCCCUCAAAUCCGAAGAGGACGGUGGCACAGUCGCCACCUACAUCAUGGCCUUCACGCUGGACGGACGCUUCCUCCUGUCGGAGACCAAGAUCGGAAGUGUGAAGUAUGAAGGGAUAGAAUUUGUUUGAGUUAAAAAGGCUAGGACAUGAGCACGGCUGAGGGCGGGCGGUUUUAAGCUACAGCAGGACUCGACUUUUAUAAAAACUGGAGGGCUGCA